GAAGAUAUAUGAAUUUGAUUCGCACCUUUUUAUGGAAUCCACUCAGUUUGACUUAAUUAGAUGCAAGCCAAUUGGUUUGCACUAGAAUUCCAUUUCCCAGAGCAACCUUCCUAGUCCCUAUUCCUUGUCGUCGUCGCUUGUCACAAACACCUAAGUUUCCCCUACAAUUUCCUAGUCCCCUCAAUACAAGCACAAAAAGCCCCACAAGAACAAAGACAACACAAAAAAUCUGAAUUUCAACUUUCCAUUUGGCAGGUCCUCUACUCCUCCUAUGAAUAUAAAUAUAAUGCUACUAAUAUAUAGAUAACCAAAGUUUGAGUCCCAAGAGCCAUAACUAGAUCUGGUGAAGUUUUGUCUGUGCAUCAUCAACUAGCUAGAGAAUAUGGCGGGGUUGAAGGUGCUGUCAGCUCUUGACUCGGCGAAGACACAGUACUACCACUUCAAGGCCAUCAUCAUAGCAGGGAUGGGGCUAUUCUCCGACGCCUACGACCUCUUCACCAUCACUCUCAUCAUCAAGAUGCUGGGAAGGAUUUAUUACAGUGACUCACAAGAGAUCCGCCAGGUAAGCCCUGUCGUGGCGUCUGCCCUCGUGGCGGUCGCGCUGUUAGGGACCGCCACAGGACAGAUUGUCUUUGGGUGGCUAGGUGACCACAAAGGACGCCGCCGUGUCUAUGGGUUUGCUUUGUUGUUGAUGGUUGUCAGCUCCUUGGCUUCUGGUUUCUCCAUUUCUACAACAAGAACCGCCGUUCUCCUCUCUCUAGGCUUCUUCAGGUUCAUCUUGGGGCUAGGGAUUGGUGGAGACUACCCUUUAUCUUCUACCAUUAUGUCCGAGUUUGCCAACAAAAGAACCAGAGGUUCUUUCAUAGCGGCAGUGUUUUCCAUGCAAGGAUUCGGCAUACUAGCCAGCGCAACCGUCACCAUGGUGGUCUGCUCUAUAUUCCGCCGUGCGUCUAAGCCAUCUUCCCCAUUUGAUACGCCUCGGGAGGCUGACGUUGCAUGGAGGUUGAUACUGAUGAUAGGCUCAGUUCCGGCAGCCAUGACUUACUACUGGCGUAUGAUGAUGCCUGAAACAGCCAGGUAUACAGCAUUAGUGGAACAAAAUGUGUUGCAAGCAGCAAAGGACAUGGAGAAAGUACUAGACAUCUCAAUAACCGACAUCGUUGAAGAAAACCCAGUGCCACCAACCAUGCAUGCAUAUUCACUCCUAUCUAAGGAUUUCUUUCGUUACCACGGGCGUGAUCUAUUUGCUUGUUCCGCUAACUGGCUUCUAGUGGACAUCGUGUUCUACAGCCAGGUUCUAUUCCAGAGUGAAAUAUACAAGAUCCACCUCAAGCCCAAAGAAGAAGUGGACUUGUAUCAAGAGGCUUUCAACGUUGCAAAAAUCCAAGCCAUUAUUGCUGUGUGCUCCACCAUUCCCGGUUACUUCUUCUCAGUGUACUUCAUUGAUCGUGUGGGAAGAGUCAAAAUCCAAAUGAUGGGUUUCUUCUUCAUGGCAUUGGCUUUUUUCGCCAUUGGGAUUCCCUAUUACUCAUAUUGGACGGUUGACGACGAUGACGGAGACAACAACGAUAAAAGUAAAGGAUUCAUGGUCCUCUAUGGUCUUGCUUUCUUCUUUGCAAAUUUUGGACCCAACACCACCACUUUCAUAGUCCCGGCAGAACUCUUCCCUGCCAGGUUUAGAUCCACAUGUCAUGGAAUUUCUGGGGCUUUUGGCAAAGUUGGGGCAAUCAUUGGAUCUGUUGGGUUUGUGUGGGCUUCACAUAAGAAGAAGGAGGAAGGAUAUCCAAAGGGGAUUGGAAUGAAAGUUUCCUUGACCAUGCUUGGAGUGGUGUGCAUAGUGGGCAUGUUUGUCACAUACUUUUUCACUAAGGAAACCAAUGGACGCUCUUUGGAAGAAAAUGAGAUUGAGCCUCAUCUGGAGCCUGAAGAGCAUAAUGGUCUUUAACUUAAGACUACUUUGGUAUCUCUUGUAUAAAAAUUGAUAGAAUAGGGAAAUAUUAUUUAUUUAAUUGCAUGCAUAAUUACAUUACAGGUAAAUAAAUAAAGAAUAUUUCUCUACUCUAUCAAAAAUGGCAGGAAAACCAAUGAUGAUUUUGAUGAAAAGAUUUGUACAAAUGAACUAAGGUGUUGAAAGGCGUUGUGGGUGGAAUGGUAUGUUUGUAUUUGCAGAAAUCAAUUUCUAAAUUUAGAUUAUUACAACUUUUCAUGAA